AUGUAUCAGCAAUCAUCAUCGUCGUCAUCAUCAUUUGGUAAUGCUGCAACAAAAAUUCAAGGUGUAUUUCGUAAUCAUCGAGCUCGAUUGAGAUUAAAAAAUGAAGCAGCAUGGAAAAUACAUGAAAAACUUGACGAUUCUAAUGAACAAACUGAAGCAAAACUUAGUGAUAUGUUUAAAAAAUUAAUGAAAGCAUCCGAUAUACUUUCACCAUCUGUUACAAAAUUACUUCAAAAACCUGGAUUACCUCUUGGUAAUACAUUAUUUGAAACAAAAUAUACAAUAAAUAGAUUCAAUUUAUUUUUAUUUGAAGCUAAUUAUCGAGGACCACGUAUCGAAAGUCCAAUUAAGAGAAGUGUUUUUGUUGAUUUAAUUGAAGCUUUUCAAAAAGGAGAAAUUUUACAUGAAAAAUAUGUCUAUGUAAUAGUUCAUCAAGCACGUGUUAUACUUAAAACAUUACCAAAUGUGAAUCAUAUUAAUUUAACUAAUUUACAUCAUAUAUUUAUUAUUGGUGAUCUUCAUGAACAAUUACCUGAUUUAUUACAUAUAUUUAAUGUGAAUGGACUACCUGCCACUGAUAAUCCAUAUAUAUUCAAUCAUGGGCGGCGCAAGAUCAGUUUUGUAGGGGUAGCAAUAAACUGUUAAAUGAGCUCUACUUUCUUCCCCUUGCUCAGUCCGAUGCAAAAUUUUUUUUUUAUGAGAACUAAACUUCUCGAAUGUACUGCAUGCAAAGUUCGAGCAUUAACUCCUCUAGUAGUGCAUUAAACCCGCUUUAAUUAGUAUAUAAACUUUUUAUUGAGUACGUUUACUUCUUCAAUUUUAGUCUUCAAUCACUAUUAGAUGUUCACAAAUGUUUAUUAUUAAUAGGAAAAAAUACAUUCUUAUUCGAGAAUGAUAUACAAUUAUUUUGUUCAUUUUCAAAAAAAUUCCAGUAGCAUCAAUAUCAAUUUCAUAAUCUCGUUCAAACGAGUGUCCCAUAAUAAAUGGCCGGUUUUUGUAUUUCAGAUUU